AUGGCUCAAACACCCCGACAGAAGAAAGCAAAUGAGAAAUUUGCAAAGCACGAGGCCGCAAAGAGAGGAAAGCCGCAGACGGUUGUCAAGAGGACCACAAAACAGAAGUCUCCUGUAUCUAUUGGAUGGAUAGUAUUACUUGCGUUUGUCGUUUGCGGAGGAUUGAUCUUCGAACUUCUACGAGUCGUGCCAGAGAUCUGGACUGCAAUCACGUCGUUUUUUAGGCGAUGA